CUCUUUAUUUAGCUUUGUCAAGCGCGAGGUAUUUUACGAAGAUAUAUACAUAUAAGUAUUUAUCUACUUCACUGCCGCUAUUGGAAUUCUAUGCUGAGAAGUCUUAAAUCAGGGAAUCCACUCAAAUUCAAGUGAAACACAAUUUCGCAGAAAUGGAGAGCCCAAUGAAUACAGAAGAACAGCAAAGUCUUAAUGACGAGGACGAAGUAAUUAUGGAAAUGCUCCAGGAGAUUGAGUUAGCAGUGAAUGAAAAAUCAAUUAAUGUUGCACAGAAAGAAGAAGAGAGAAAGUCAGAAGAAGCUAUGAAAAGUGCUGAGACGAAAGCUGAGCAAGAAAAUAUUCUAAAGCAAAUAACGGAGCUUAUCGGGGAGCGUGACAGCUUGUCCGCCAUAUUAAAGUUGCAAACUGAAGAAUUUGAGCAAAAAGUAACCAAGCUGGAUAAAAUGCGUCAGGAAUUGUUAGAGAAUCUGAAGAGUCAAGAGGAGCAGCACAUGCAACAGGUCGAACAAAUUAAACUUAAGUUUCAAAGUGAUUUGGAAGCUAAGGACCAAUUAUUCCUGGAGCUAGAGCAGAGACUGGAGCGUCAGCAGGAGCAUUAUGAACUCGAUGUAUCUUGCUCCAUUUGCCUGGAUCGCUGGAAUUCAACUAGUGAGCACCGUCCAGUGUCGCUACGAUGUGGCCAUCUCUUUGGCGAUCAUUGCAUCCGAUCCUAUCUGCAACGUGCCUACGAGUGUCCUCAAUGCCGCGGUCCAGCCCAGCUAGCGGAUCUACGCCAAAUUUUUGGUCGCCCAGCAUAAUCUUCAGUUUGAUAAAAACGUUUGUAGAAUGCAAGGCAUGUCACUGAAUUCAAUUAUUUUGAUUGUGAACAUUUUAUGGAGAAUAAAGUAAAACUUUCAUUCACAGGCAACU